UCCCGGAACUGACCCUGUUGAUAUUUGGUUUUUAUUUGGUUUAUGUAUUUUUUUUAAUGUAUUUUUGAAAGAUGUGUUUUUCUCCGUGUUGUCAUUUGCGUGGGAAUCGUUUUCAUGAAGUUCUUCAGCUAAUCCGUCUUUAGCCUCUCCCAAACGGAUGCAUUUCUCCGGCCAGUUGGUGGCGACAACAAUAUUUUGAGUGUAGUUAGCCAUAAAACCCAAAGAAGAAUUCAUCCGCCAUUUCACUAGCUUGCAGCCGGCCAGCCUCUCCAAAGGCAUUACAUUAAAUCCUAUAUUUAUUCAAUACUGCUCAAGUGAAGGUCCACUGCCAAACUUAGACAAUAUUUUAAUAACUUUUUGAAGUAGUCUACUGACCGCAAAUUCAUUCAGCAACAAAUCAGCGGAAACAGAAUAAACUGCGAAGAUGUCGACCGAGGCCGCUGCUACGGAGAAACCAGGCCAGGGGGAAAUGAACGGCAAGGCCAAGCAUGAACCCAAUACCAGGAAGGAGAGGCCCCAGAAGCGUGGAGGUGGUCGCUUUGAGCCCUAUGGAAACCCAUCAAAGAGAUACCGUGUGUUUGUCAGCAACAUCCCAUACGAUGUGAAAUGGCAGGCACUCAAAGAUCUAAUGAAAGAAAAAGUGGGUGAGGUAACGUACGUGGAACACUUAAUGGACGGAGAAGGCAAAUCAAGGGGUUGUGCGAUUGUUGAGUUCAGGACUGAGGAGCUGAUGAAGAAGGCUGUGGAGAAGGUCAACAAGCACAACCUGAAUGGUCGGCCCCUGAAGGUUAAAGAGGACCCAGAUGGUGUGAUUGCCCAGAGGGAUUCACACAGGGCCCAGGGUGGUGGAGGUGGUGGUGGGCCCCCAGGCGGCCAUGGUGGAAUGAACAUGGGGAUGGAUCGCAUGAAUAUGGAGCGGAUGAACAUGGACUGCAUGGGCCCAGGACCGGGCGGCCCACCCAUGGUCAACAUCCCCCCCAGCCUCAUGAACAACUCUAACAUCCCCAAUGAGAUCAUCCACGGGCUGCAGGCUGGCAAGAUCGGAAGCACGGUCUUCGUAGCUAACCUGGACUACAAGGUUGGCUGGAAGAAGCUGAAGGAGGUGUUUGGCAUGGCAGGAGUGGUGGUGCGUACUGACAUCUUGGAGGACAAGGAUGGGAAUAGCAGGGGCAUGGGCACUGUCACCUUUGACAUGCCUAUUGAAGCUGUCCAAGCCGUCAGCAUGUUCAACGGUCAACUACUGUUCAACCGGGUCAUGCAUGUCAAGCUGGAUGAGAAGUCCUUGCCAAAAGGAGACUUUGCACCACCGGAGAGACCCCCAGCACUACCCCGUGGCCUGAGUGGCAUUGGGCAGGGACUGGGGCCUGGUGGCCAACCCAUUGACGCCACCGCACUGAACCGAGGUGGUGGUGGAGGAAUGGGCAACAUGGGACCUGGGGGCAUGGAUGGCAUGGGCUUCGGUGGUGGCAUGGGUAGAAUGGGAGACAUGGAUAACUUUGGUGGAGGAAUGAACAACAUGGAGCGCUUUGGACCAUCAGGAAUGGGACGUAUGAAUGAGAUGGACCGUGAGAUUGGUGGUGCUUUUGACCGGGAGUGUGGUCGAAAUGAAAUGGGCAUGUCUCGCAAUAAUUUUGGGGAGUCCUUUGAUAGAGGAAUGGGUAGCUCACUGGGCAUGGACCGCAUGAGCUCUGGCAUGGAUCGCCUGGGUGGUGGAAUGGACCGUCUGGGUGGGAUGGAGAGGAUGGACCGUGUGUCUGAUCUGAACAGGCUGGGGGGCUCUGGCUUUGACCGUAUGGGCUCUGGGCUGGACCGGCUGGGUCCUAGUAUGGACAGACUUGGUUCUGGCCUGGAUCGUAUGAGCUCCAGCAUGGACCGCCUGGGCCCAGCUGGGUUUGACUGCCUAGGCCCAUCCAGUUUAGACCGCAUGUCUGCCGGCCUGGACUUCACCUCCCCCAUGGGCAUGGCGGACCGCAUGAACACCGGCAUGGAGAGGAUGGGAACCAACUUUGACCGCAUGGGGUCUGCUGGCAUGGACCGCUUCCCGACCACCGGGCUUGACCGCAUGGGCUCCACCAUGGACCACAUGGGCGCUGCCGGUGUUGGAGGCCAGUAUGACCGGCCUGCUGAGAUGGAACGUGGGGGCUUUGGAGGAAAUGGCUUUGGAGGAGCCGGAGGUCCUGGGGCCAACGCCAGGAAGGGCUGUCAGAUCUUUGUCCGGAAUCUGCCAUAUGACUUCACCUGGAAGGUGCUGAAGGAUACCUUCAAUACAUGCGGUAUCGUCCAAUAUGCUGACAUCAAGACAGAGAAUGGCAAGUCCAAGGGCUGUGGCGUGGUUCGCUUCGACAACCCGGAGACUGCCGAGAGAGCCUGUCACACCAUGAAUGGCUACAGGCUGAAUGGAAGAGAGAUCGAUGUCAGAAUUGACAGAAAUGCAUAAUCGUCCAGAUUGUCAUUUUGACCCUGAUAUUUGCAUAUUUCUAAUCGUCCAGAUUGUCAUUUUGACCCUGAUAUUUGCAUAUUUCUUGGUUUGUUGGGCAUUUGUAACAGUGCAAAUGUGUACUUUUAGUUAUUGCUCAUCUGUGCAUUUUUUUUUGUGACAAUUGUAUUUCUUUAUUUUACUUAAUGCUUCACUUCAUUGCUUUUUGUUCUGAGGUGUUUUGAUAAUAAAUAUCAUUGGAAUUUU